UCCGAAGCCUGAGUAUGAGAUGCGCCGACCCGGUGAUGAGCUGAAUUUUCGUUGAGUGUAAUUUUUCAUAGAUCGUUAGAGCUCGGAGUAAUGCUCUAGGAGUUUGAUUCAGCCAUCGACAAAAUGGCGCUAUUUUCGACGCAGGUUUAUUUCCAAAUUCUUGGAGCUUUGAUUGGCUUGGUCGGUUUCGCGUAUAUUUACCUCAGACAUGUGGCAUAUAAGUACUGGAGUUCAAAGGGAGUACCGCAGACGAAUCCGACUGCCCCCUUUGGAGACUUGUGGCCGGUCCUCAGGGCGAAAAAAUCGAUAGGUCAACUGGUCCGAGAUGAAUACUUCGAGUUUGAAAAAAAACCGAUCUUCGGAAUGUACUCUUUCCACAAACCAACCUUGGUGAUUCGAGACCCUGAAAUCAUUCGAUUCGUGCUUAUUAAAGAUUUUCCGCACUUCCAAGACCGCGGGGUGUACUACAACGAAGAAGUCGAUCCUUUGUCGGGCCAUUUGUUCAGCUUGUCCGGUCCGAAAUGGAAGAAGUUGAGGGUCAAGUUUUCGCCAACGUUCACUUCUGGAAAAAUGAAGUACAUGUUCGCCACUGUCAAAGAGUGUUCCGAAAAGCUCGCGCUUUACUUCGGGGAGGAAGUUAAGCGAAAUAAUCAGCUGGUCGAAGUCAAAGAUUUCAUGGCAAGAUUUUCUACGGAUAUCAUUUCAUCGGUUGCUUUUGGUAUCGAGUGCAACAGCAUGAAAAAUCCAAACGAUGAAUUUCGCGAAUGCGGUCGAGCGGCGUUUAAAUCUAGACCUCUGAUAAACGCACUGUUCGCAGUAUUUCCGGACGCGUUAAAAUUAUUCAACAUGAAGGUCAUCCUCCCAGAGGUUUCGAAUUUCUUCAUCAAGGCGUUCAACGAUACCGUGAAAUAUAGAACAGAGAAGAAAUUAAUUCGAAAAGAUUUUCUCGAGCUGAUAAUUCAAUUGAUGAACAAAGGCUGCGUACAGGGCGACGACGAGGAGGAAACGGCGACCGAGUCAAAGGAUAAUAGUGAAAAAAUCACGAUGCUCGAAGGAGCUGCACAAGCGUUCGUCUUUUUUCUGGCCGGAUCCGAGACCUCGUCGUCAACGGCGACACACUGUCUCUACGAGUUGGCGUUCCAUCAGGACAUUCAAGACAAGCUGGCUAGCGAGAUAAAAACGGUAACGGAGAAAUUCGGAGGAGUUACUUACGAGAGCAUCGCGGCAAUGCCGUAUUUGCACAAGGUGGUGUCCGAGACUCUCCGAAAAUAUCCAUCGGUCCCCAUACUGAACCGACAGGCAACUGCGGACGUUGAAUUGCCCGGACUCGGUCUCACAGUUGCAAAAGGAACUCCAAUUAUCAUUCCAGUUUACGGACUGCAUUCGGAUCCCGACAUAUACCCAAAUCCGCAGGUGUUCGAUCCGGAACGAUUCAGCAAGGAGAAUAUUGACCGCAGACAUAAUUACGCCUAUCUUCCCUUUGGCGAGGGACCGAGAAACUGUAUCGGAAUGAGAUUUGGACUUCUCCAAAGUAAAAUUGGUAUCAUCAGCCUGAUAAGCAAGUUCCGGUUGGCUCCAGCACCUGAUACCGCAGUUCCACUACCCAUAGACACGGGUAACUUUGUGCUUUGUCCAGGGGAAGGAAUAGUGCUUCGCGUCGAAGAGAGAUCCAAUUAAUAAUAACCUGGUUUAUACUUUUGAGUGAUCGUAAGUACGUAAGUUCAAUAUUUCAAAGCAGCGGUGCUUUGUUACUUGAACGAAUUCGACCGUCAAACGACUUUGAAAAAUGGUCGUCGUUACGGCAAAAUGGUAAAAACAAUAUUCAGUUGGUCUUAUAGUGAACAUUUUUUUUAAAAGCUUCAAUUCUCGAUUUCGAAUGAAAAAUUACGAGAAUUUAAGUGCUCGCGUAAAACUUUAAACGCGUUCUUCUCGAAACCACUUUUUUCAAACUGGGAGGUCCGAAUAUUUGAACACCGUUGCGUGGAUCGAUUCAAAAUUUUCAUAAGCUUCACAAUUAUAUUCUCUACGGAAGUACGUAGCCAUUUUUUUAUUUUACGUGAACUUUUUUUUUAUCAACGAUUCACUGCUUAUUUUUUGAUAAAAAAUCGUUUCAUUUUUUUUCCAAGUACACCAUUUCUACAAAAGUUGAUUAAAAAAAAAAAACCCCUACGUACUCUUAUAAGCAAUGAUAUAUAGAUUUUAAACAGCGAUUUCAAACAUUGUCUCUGUCGCCUCCAUUUCAAACCACAAUUGUAAUAAAAAAAAAAUAUUCUCCAUA